AUGACCUGGCAGCUUAAGGUUGCAGCCAAUAUGCGGGCCUCGCCGCUGCGCUGCUCAAUGCUCUCCCGGCCGAGUGUUUGGCCGCGGAGUCGGGUUUUUGGUGCGGCGCAUCCCGCGGGGGGCUACAAAGCGUCAGGACCCAUCACCAUGACCCGGACGGACUUUUCGAUUGCACAGCGUGGUGUUCACACCAAGCGUGAUCGUUGCUUGGAUAUCGACAACAUCAACCCUCACGUCAAGGCAGCCAAGUAUGCCGUCCGUGGUGAGUUGGCUGUUAAGGCUGAGGAGUUCCGUGUGAGAGUCGCCCAGGGAGACAAGUCGUUGCCUUUUGACAGUGUCAUCUUCGCCAACAUCGGUAACCCGCAACAACUCGACCAGAAGCCCAUUACCUUCUUCCGCCAGGUCCUCAGUCUUCUCGAGAACCCGCUGUUGUUGGAGAACCCGGAAGCCCUGAAGAGCUCUUUCGGUUACAACCAGGAUGUUAUUGAGCGGGCCCAGACUCUCCUGGCCGAUGUGCAGAGCGUGGGUGCCUACAGUCACAGCCAGGGUGCACCUAUCAUCAGAGACAGUGUGGCCAAGUUCAUCGAGGAGCGUGAUGGUUUCCCCGCAAACCCUCAGGACCUGUUCCUCAGCGGUGGUGCUUCGUCUGGUGUCAACACCCUCCUUAAUGUGAUUUGCAACGGCCCCAGCGCCGGUGUCCUCGUCCCAAUCCCUCAAUACCCUCUGUACACCGCCACCCUGUCCCUCCUUAACGCCCAAUGUGUCCCAUACCUCUUGGAAGAGGAGAAGGCUUGGGGUACUGACGUUAACGCCAUCCGCAACUCCUUGGAGCAGGCCAAGGCCGCUGGCACCGACGUUCGUGCCAUCGUUGUUAUCAACCCUGGUAACCCUACUGGUGCCUCUUUGGGUGCGGACGACAUCAAGAGUGUCCUUGAUGUUGCCGCCGAGGAGAAGCUCGUGGUUAUCGCUGAUGAGGUUUACCAGACCAACGUCUUCGUUGGUGAAUUCACCUCGUUCAAGAAGCGCCUCCGCCAGCUGCAGCAGGAGUUCCCUGGAAAAUACGACAACGUGGAGCUGGCCUCUCUCCACAGUGUUUCCAAGGGUAUGGUUGGAGAGUGUGGUCACCGUGGUGGCUACUUUGAGCUGGUCGGAUUCGACCCCUUGGUCGCUGCUCAGAUCUACAAGUUUGUCAGCAUCAUGCUUUGCCCACCAGUCAUUGGACAGUGCUUGCUUGAAAUGAUGGUGAACCCUCCCAAGAAGGGUGAGCCCAGCUACGAGCUGUACCAGAAGGAGUACAACGGCAUCCGGGAUGGACUUCACAAGCGCGCCCUUGCUCUGUACGAGGCCUUCCAGCGGAUGGAGGGUGUUGAGUGCCAAGAGCCUCAGGGAUCCAUGUACCUCUUCCCCACCAUCACCCUGCCCCCCAAGGCCGUCGAGGCCGCCCAAGCCGAGAACCGCGCCGCAGACGAAUUCUACUGCAUGCGCCUCCUGGAAGCCACCGGAGUCUGCGUUGUUCCCGGCUCUGGCUUUGGCCAGAAGCCCAACACUCUGCACUUCCGCACUACUUUCCUUGCCCCCGGCACCGAUUGGGUUGAGCGUAUCGUGAAGUUCCACAGCGAGUUCAUGGCUAAAUACAACUAA